AUGAACAACUACGGCUUUGUUCUGACGAUGGUCGCUAUCCUCCUUCUGCCGUUGACGUCGGCAGCCCCGAAGGCUGCCCCCGUCGACGAAGGUGCUUCGGUGCCUGUAUGGCAAGACAUUGUCGGUCCCUUUCCCUCUCCUAUGUAUGCUAUACGAAUGACCGAUGCAGCCCCAGCGAAGAUGGCCCCGGGGGUCAAGAUUGGCGUCGCAUGGAUGACUCCCUUGUGGACUGAAGCAGCGUUCCUGAGCAGAGUGGUCGUCGCGAUAUUCAACAAAAUUGUGGCAUGUGUCCGGCCGAUCUUGUUCUGUCUCGCACUGUAUUUAAUCCGUGCCGUUUCGCUGGGCCCGUGUCACCGAUGCACAUGCUCCAUUUUACCCGCCGUGAUCCAUGUUUGCAAGCUCGCUCCACUGCUCAAACUAGAUGUACGCCUCCGCGAAUCCACCCUCCCCCCCGCACUGGCUGCUGAUCCGCUCCAUCUCGCGCGCCUGCAUCACGACCGCGGGGGCCCUCAUGCUCUGGACGACGGUCUCAAACAAUUCGCCCGCAUCUCAAGCGCCACGGCCGCUUUCCCCGGGUCCUAUGGCGUCCACACCGGCAGGCACGCUCUACUUCUCGUACCUUCGACCGGGGCGUACGCUGUCACCGCGGAUCGUAUUGACGUCGUCGCCUCCGUUCCGUGCCCGCCUCUUCCUCGACUUCGACCUCGAUCGGCGAUCGACCCCGCCCGAAACGGUGCCGGGAAGCGCGAUCCUCCUCGCAGAUUUAGUAGCCACUACAGCCGCCGUCGCCCCCGUGCGUUCUUCCCAAGUCCAUCGUUCUUGGACGCGCCGAUCCUGAUCCGCGCUCGCCCGCCUCGAUCCGACCUCGGUGUUCGGCGUAUCCCCAGCCUCCGAGUCCGCACAACGUCUUCGCCGUCCUCGAACCCCUCCGCGAAGUUUGUUCCUUUUAUUGUCACUGAGGGCGAAGCCCUAUGUACUACUAGCAGACAGUACCUACUCUACUCUCUACGUGUUUCUCUAGUGAUAAUGGGGAAUGCAUUCUGUCCGGCGUCGGGGUCGGAAAUGUGCUGUGAUGCCGUGGUGCACUGUUACGCUGCUCGUCUUCUACGCCCUCCUCGACGUGUUCGCCUCUCUGCGUCCCUCUCGUCUCCGCCUUUCAACGCUCCGCGAAGUCGCCCCGACGCCGGGCUCUCAAUGUCCGUCUUCCGCGGGACGCUGUAUAAUUCGGCCGACAAUAGUCUGUCCGUCAGGAGGAGCACUGUCACUGGGUGUGAAGGGGACAGGACGCACAGGCAGGAAACAGUGGAUCCGGAGAAUAUGUCUGCGGCGGACGCCACGAAGAGCACCGCAUACUUACGUAUGGCAGAUGGCAGGUAUAUCAACUUCACGCAUGCCGCCGUGCACCGAUAG